ACCAUCAGCUUCAUUGCCACUUCCAUCUUGAAUUAUUUCUAAACUGUGUGUAGAGACAAUUUCGGGCGUUCUUUUUCUGCUUUAACAACAAGAACAACCAUCACCACCAUCACCGCCACCACCACCUUUGGCGACGUUUCCAGUGCUUUAGACUUUCCCCAGAGAUUGGGACAUCAGAUUGAAAAUCAGCUCGUGGAUCCAUCAUCACCGCCGCGGCCCCCACGUUGCCAGCGCUGAUACGUCUCGUUGGCUGCCUCCUGGCUGCAUUCUGAAACUACGAUCCAAAAGGCCCGAGAAUCGUCGCGCGCGAUCACCAUACAUUUCUUGGCGGUUUCCACUCGGAUCGUGGGUGCGCUCCACUACGGACGCCAUAGCUUAGACAGCGUCCUGCGAAAACCUGCUCCAGCUGUUGGUAUCAGGCGCUAAGGUCGACGGGGUGAUAAAUAAAAUGGCGUCCUCCCAGCCGGUCGCGCCUGGCAGGCACUCUCGUGGCCUCAGUUUUAAGUCGGACCGCUCGCAACAGUCCAGCAAUUCCAGCAAGAAGAUCCAGAUCUCGGAAUCCGCCGAAGAGAAACACCGCCGCCAACUACAUUCCAAAGCCGAUCCCUCGGUUGCUAUGAAUGAAGCGCAACCUAAUUUGGUUGCCCUCGAGCAAUCGACGCUCGGUUCAUUAAGAACCAUGCAGCAUAAAGACCAGUAUGGAAAUAUUAUCACUGAUCCCGAUCUUUCUAAUCCCACGCGCCCGCGGUUUGAGCGCCCGCUCGAGACCAUCCGAUCCUUCGAGGCAGCAAUUUAUGGGACAUACAGUAGUAGACCUGCUUCGUAUGUAAGGACAGAAUCAACUCCUGCGACUCCGGGGCCAGACCACAGUCGACGGGGAAGCUACUUUGGAGCUCCCAACGGUCAUUCUAACCGGGGUCACUACGACCAGGGCGGUCAUUACAAUGGCCGCGGGGCCUAUUCGCGACCGGACAGCUAUGUCGAGAAUGGCAAUGGCAACGGCCAGCCUGAGAACUAUUACCCGUACAACCAGGGCGGCGGCCGACCGCGACCACGCCACCAUGCACGAAUGAAUACCGACCAGAGCGGAUAUUCGCAGCACGGCUAUCACAAAUCGUAUGACAACAUGACCGCAGCGUCUGGCUCGGGCUCUGGCAGCAACACCGACGCUUACGGCAAUUCGACCGACCCCAGCUCUGUGAACAGCUCCAUCGACCAGCUGCAGCAACAGCAGCAACUACAACAGCAACAACAGCAGCAGCAGCAAAUUGCUGAAAGCUACGGGUUCCAAGGAUUUGGAGGUGGACCAAAUUUGGACAGCCAAGCUGGUGCUGGCGGCCGGAUCAACUUUGGCAGCAAGCCUCCAGCAGCUGAUCCCAAUGCUGGAGGGCCUGUGGGCGGCGGUGCCGCCACGGCCGCCGCAGCCAACCGCCGUCACCUGCGCAAGGCCACGAAUGACUCGGAAAUGAGCAACAACACCAAACGAAAGAGCUGGUUCAAGCGACGAUUCAGCAAGGAUUAGUCUGUUGAGCCGGCUCCUUACCUGUUCUAUGUUACUUCUCCUUCGAUGCGUGUUUUCUGAUCCUAUACGUAUGGGUGUACUACCUCGACGGCGUUCAUCUUCUCCUUUUUCGAGCACAGCACAGGGAAUUCGGGACGGACUGUGUCAGGUUUGGAUUCCUUUCUCUUGCGUCUUUGCAUGCGGUUGACGAGACCAUGAUACAUGGAAUGUUCUUUUUUUCACUUCUUCUUUCGCGCCAUGACAUACCAUGGGAAUACUAGCCAGUCUGAUUAUGAGUGCGUGAUACGGGUCAAUUUACCUUUAUGAAUAAUGAGCUGGUUCGUGUUUGCUGCUGCUGAUGGUAGAGUGUCGAGCGGAAGGUGGGCGUAUAUUGUAUGCCCAGGCACUAAUACAAGGUUGAGUCUAUACCUCCUCACGAAGCUUGUCACAUAGAUAGAAUACAACACCUAACCUCAACCCCUAACCCU